GUCUACUCAAGUAUGGAAUACUGGCGUGGAAGAUAUCGACCGUACGUUUGCUUCUUUCUACAUGCACCCAAACGGAAGUCCCGCUAAUCACUAGCCAUUUUAUCAAGGAUAUCAUCUAGUGAAGUGAUGAUAGAUGAAAGAAACCAGUAUAGUGUCUACGCCAGCGAGUGUAUGCUCCUACCUGGCUAUAUAGAGCAAUCAAUCACACUCGAUUUGAGUACCUCUGAAGAGGAUAAGAGAUUUUUGAGAUACUCGAUCGAAUUUGAAGUAGAACCGGAUCGAGACCAGAGAGGGCAUAUUUACCGUGGUUACUCACAAUCACAUCGACUGGGCGAAACUAGAGAAGGAUACGCGAUGUCUUUCUUGAAAACACUUGAGGAACUGCACGGAAAAACCAAGCGAGCGAUAGAGCGCAGACGUCAUUCACCAUACGAGGAAACCAAACGAGCGAUAGGGCGUAAACGUCAUUGCUUCGGAAAGCUUAAGUAUAUAAGUGACAUCCUUGAAGCAGCACGCAAGAAUGAAAGUUUGCUAGUUCAUCAACCUAAAUUGAAACUUCUCGAGAAAUCAUCUGGCCGCAAGACCUGGCAGGCUCAGUUCAUAAGACGAGGAGCUAGCGGAACUAUGGAAGAGGAUUACGAAAGACGAGAGGUUAGAAGAGAUAAAACUUUGGGACGGAUCAAUAAAUCUAGAGUUGCAAGAGGAUUUGGAAUACAUAUAAGCAAUAACGAGAAGAGGAGUCGGAAGCGGGAAGAGCGGAUGAGAUACCCGUCACAUAGUGAUGCUGAAUCCACAGGUUCGCGGGAAACUGCUUCAAGCGUUGGCUCUUAUUACGGCUCUUCUCAUGGAAGGCGGCGCCGCAGUUCAUCUCGUAACCACGAUGGCUAUCGCGGAUACGAAUCUUUAGAUGACGACUAUGAUACCAGAUCGCGUGCAUCUUCGGUGUUUUCGAAACCAGGCCGCUCCUCAAGCCAUGGUUCCAGAAGCUCUGUCUCUUCUGGAUCUAGUCGGUCAAACUCAGACUACGGGUCAAGAUAUAGAAGUGGUCACAACAAUUACCAGACCGAUGAUCAGUUUCGAAAGCCACCAAGUUAUCCACCCGAUUUUCAACACGGUUAUGAAACUAAGGAUCUGCCUCGUCCGAACGAACCGUACCCGGGAAGAUCUCGGUCACUUUAUCCGUCGCAUUAUCCGCCACAAUAUCCGCCACAAUAUCCCGUAUGAUCAUACAGCAGGUAAUGCGUAUGGAUGAUCGUGAGGAGUGGCGAGUAAAGGGAGAGGGAGAGAGAGGGAGAGAGGGGGAGAGCAGCGAAGUAAGUAGUUGGGAGAUGAUGGUAAAUUGGUUGUUCA